AUGCUGUGUCCUAAAUGUAAAGGAAAUAUUGGUAAAAGUGGCUAUAAACUUAAAUGUGCCGGUGAAUGUGAAUCAUGGUUCCAUGAUGUAUGCACUGGAUUAACAAAAGAAGAAAUUAGUAAACUAAAUACAAAAGGAACAAACUGGAAAUGUACCUCGUGCAAGAAUGAGGUUAUGUCAAGUAGCGAAGAAGAAGAGGAGGAAAACAAUUCUCAAAUAACCUUAAAAGAUAUCAUGAAACAACUUAUAUCUAUGGAACAAAAUAUACUCAAAAGAUUGGAGAUGCAAGAAAUACAAACGGUAAAGUUAAAUAAAGAAGUGGAGGAAAUAAAAAAAGAAAAUGCAACCAUCAAAAACCAAAUUGAACAAAUCACAAUAAAUAUAUAUAAACAAGACCAAGAAUCUAUUUCCACAUAUGCAAGUGUUACCCAAAAAGGUCUAACGUUAAGUGAAUCCCUUGGAAAACACAUUGGAAGUUGUGAAAAUUGUGAAACAGACAAAGUUAAUAACGGCGAACGUAACUUAACCUCUCAAAACUUAGUUGAGGUAGGUCUAAAGCAUGAAUUAGAAAUAGUUAAAAUGGAUCUACAACAUACCAAAAGACUGGUAACUGAAUUGGAAAGAACAAUUGAUUAUCAAACGGAAAUUAUUGGCCUAUUAAAGAAUUCGCAACCCAAACAAAAUAUAUGCGACGUUGCCAAUGUGAACACGGUCCCACAAAAAAAGGGAAAAAACAAGAAGAAUGAAAAUAUAACAGCAAUAGACGAAAAAGAAAAUAAAAAAAUCCAAGAAAACACCACCUGUGUAAUAGAAAAAAUCAAAGAAACUCCAAAGGCUCUUAAAACAAUUGGCAAUAACAUUGAUCAACAUCAAAGUUUUGCUGCAGCAGUUAAAAAAGCCUGGCUUUGUAUAAGCAAGAUCAAAAUAGGAACUCAAGCUGGAGAAAUACAAAAUUAUUUAAAGAAUAAAUUUCCAAGUAAAGAAUUUACCGUUGAAGAACUUCCAAGACGUAAAGAAGCUACAAGCAUGUCCUUUAAAUUGGGAGCGGAUAUGGAAUUAUUAGAAGAGCUUCAUAAACCAGAAACCUGGCCAAAUGGAAUCUAUAUAAAGAGAUUUUACUUUUUUCGACCAAACAAUGCUAAGUUCGGAGCAGAAACAAAUUAA